AUGAGCAAAAGUUUAGGAACUCCGAUAAAAUUAGUAGUCAUAGGAGAUGGUACAGUAGGCAAAACUUGUGCACUUUUGACGUACUUUUAGAUUAAUAAUUAAGUUACACUACUGGUAAAUUCCCUGAAGACUACAUCCCUACAAUCUUUGAAAAUUAUAGUGCAUCUAUCACUAUUGAUGGCAAAAAGGUUAAUUUGGGUUUAUGGGAUACUGCAGGUUAGGAGGAUUUUAAAUAAAUUCGACCAUUGAGUUAUCCAAAUACAGAUGUAUUUCUAUUGUUUUUUGCUGUCAAUGAAUAAUCUUCAUAUAUUAAUGCGUAAUAAAAAGUAAAUUAAGUUUAAUAUGCAUAUCAAGUGGUAUCCUGAAUUGAGAUCAGCCUUAAAUAAUGUGCCAAUAAUUAUUGUAGGCAGUAAAAUUGACUUGAGAUAAAAUGAUAAUAAAUGUGUGCAAAGAGAAUCGGUAUACAUUUUUUAGUACAAUUAAAGGCCAAAAGAAUGGCAGAUUAAUUAGGAUGUCUUUAUUUGGAAUGUUCGGCAAAGGAUAAAAUAGGACUGAAUGAAUUAUUUGAAGAGGCUGUUAGAACUGCAUUAAGAUCAAAGAAACCAAAUAGAGCUUAAGAAGAGAGUAAAUAAAAUAAGGACAAGAGCUGCCAAUUAAUUUGA